CACAUUCCAUGUCUGUGCACAGCAGUGAGCCAACUGCAUGCAGCCCUUGGUCAUGUGUUAACCCCCUGAGCCUCUAAACCUGGUUGUCAUGGAAAUCCAGCCAAAAGGCAUGGAGGAAGGAGAGAAGUCUCCAGAGCGCAAGGACUUGCUGCCUAGCCAAACAGCCAGCACCCUAUGCAUCAGCUCACGCAGUGAGUCCGUCUGGAACGCCACCCCCCGGAACAAGUGGGAUGUUUACCACAAGCCUGUUAUUGUACUGUCCGUAGGAGGAGCUGUUUUUCUCUUUGGUGUGGCUAUCACCAGCCUGACCUGCCUCACUACAGCAAAUAUCACGGUCAUGACCAAGGAAGCUUUUAAACUGUGCGGGCCAGCUUUCCUGUCACUUGGUCUCAUGCUGGUUGUGUGUGGGCUUGUCUGGAUCCCCAUCAUCCGCAAAAAGCUGAGGCAGAGACAGAAGUACCCCUUACUCCAGAGUAUUAAAUCAUUCUUCUUCAAUCGCUGAAGGCAGCUCAAAG